GAUGUGACCCUGCAGCCAACCCCAGCUAUAACAUAUCGUACAAUUGGUGGAAUUUUAGACUUUUUCAUUAUACUGGGUACAACUCCAGAAAGUGUAGUUCAGCAAUACACCAAACUCAUAGGACACCCUGUAAUGCCAGCCUAUUGGUCUCUUGGUUUCCAAUUAUGCCGCUAUGGAUAUAACAAUGACAGUGAAAUAGAACAACUAUAUAAGGACAUGGUGGCAGCCCAGAUUCCUUAUGAUGUGCAGUAUGCUGACAUUGAUUACAUGGAGAGGCAAAUGGAUUUCACCUUG